AUGCCAAAAAAUAAGAAGUUAGGGUCGGUAUUGCCAGCCGAAGCCGUUGGCCAGAGUAUAGGAGGUCCUAGUGGACGCUUGUCCACGUCUCUUGAGAUUGAGGACUCGUCAAACGAGAACCUCAAGCAUCGCCUCCAUGAGUGGGCAACCUCAGCGCGAAAUGACGACGAGGCAGGUUCGGAAUACGAGAUGCUUAUGGACCCAAAUCUACCCGAUGAGUAUGAGACACGACGAAAGGGCUCAGGAGAGUCUGGUGAUGAAGCAGCGCUUCUCAGUGGUGAUGAAGACGACGAAGAGGAAGAAAACUCCCCUUAUCCUGAAGUUCGAGCUGCGGUGAGAAAUUUCGACGAAGAUCUUCCAUGCAAUACAGUGAGAGCUUGGACUAUAGGGAUGAUUCUGGUAACUGUCGGGGCUAGUAUAAAUACGCUUUGUUCUCUCCGCCAACCGUCCAUUAGUAUUGGGCCUCUCAUCGCUCAAAUCGUUGCGUGGCCUAUGGGUCAUGGCUGGGCAAAGGUUGUUACUGACAGGGAGUUCACCACUUUCGGUAUAACGUGGACUCUGAAUCCUGGGCCCUUUAAUGUCAAGGAACAUGCAAUCAUCGUUGUCAUGGCCAGUGUGUCAUUCUCUGUCGCGUAUGCUACAGAUAUCAUCCUUGCACAGGUUGUCUUCUACAAGCAGGACUUUGGUAUUGUGUUCCAGCUUCUCCUGACUAUCUCAACGCAAUCUGUGGGAUAUGGCAUUGCGGGGAUGCUACGCAAGUUCUUAGGCAAGUUGUCCCUAUGCUUUCUGGCCCAAUUUCUGAGUAUCUUUGCUGUUGCCACAUGGAUGGCACCUCAGAAUCCUAUUGUGAAUCAGCUAUUUGGAGGACAGACGGGUCUUUCGCUUCUUCCUAUCACCUUUGACUGGACUCAAGUAGCAGGAUACGUUGGCUCGCCGCUCAUUCCACCAUGGCACGCCAUCGCCAAUACCGUCAUCGGAGUUGUUCUGUUCUUCGUUAUAGGAUCAUCCUUUCUUCAUUACGGCGGAGCUUGGUAUGCUGAGUAUUUGCCCAUGAGUGACUCUGGGACUUACGAUAAUACCGGCGCUUCCUAUAAUACCUCCAGGAUUCUCACGAAGGACUUUGAUUUGGAUGAAGAAGAGUACAAGAACUACUCCCCCCUUUUUAUUAGCACCACUUUUGCCAUCUCUUACGGCUUAUCGUUCGCUGCUAUAUCGUCACUCGUUGUCUACACCUAUCUGCAUAACGGAAAGCAGAUCUGGCAACAAUGGAGAAACAGCACAAACGAGAAGCCUGACAUACAUAUGAAGCUCAUGAGAAAGUAUAAAGAGGCUCCUACAUGGUGGUAUAUGUCCCUAUUUGCUGUUAUGCUACUUAUAGGGCUCUAUACAGUACUGGCCUACCCGACCAAUCUCUCCUGGUGGGCUUUCUUGCUUGCUAUAGCCAUUUCUUUUGGUUUUUCUCUGCCUAUAGGCAUUAUCCAAGCCGUUACAAACACUCAGAUUGGCUUGAAUGUAUUGACCGAGUUCAUCUAUGGAUACCUUCAGCCAGGUCGACCUCUAGCGCUCAUGAUGGCGCAAUCGCUUCGUUUUGUCUCGGACUUGAAGUUCGGACAUUACAUGAAGAUCCCCCCUCGAACCAUGUUCCUGUCUCAAGUCGUGGCCACUACAUUCUCGUGCUUCAUACAGAUCGUCGUUCUAAACCUAUCCCUGAAAAACAUACCCGAAGUCUGUGAGAAACCACCCUUCACGUGCCCUGGUGGCCGUGUCUUCUUUGCCGGUAAGUCAUGCAAUCCAUCGCCUACAGCUCUUCCUAAUUGGCUAGCAUCUGUGAUCUGGGGCCUCCUAGGUCCUGCACGCAUGUUUUCCCCUGGUCAGGUAUACUCUGGCCUCUUCUUCUUCUUUGUCUUGGGUGCCAUUACACCAAUAGUCAUCUAUGUCUCAGCCAAACGAUGGCCGAGGUCUCCGGUGCGAUAUCUCAUGGCACCCCUCAUAUUCGGAGGUGCAGGGGCGAUCCCACCCGCAACGCCGCUGAAUUAUCUCUCAUGGGGCAUUGUUGGCUUCGUCUUCCAGUUCUGGAUCAAGAAGCGCCACUUCAGGUGGUGGACCAGACUCAACUUCCUGACGUCGUCGGCUCUCGAUCUAGGUCUCGCCCUAGCGACUUUGUUCAUCUUCUUUGCUUUUACGCUGCAUGGUGUAGAUCCGCCAAGCUGGUGGGGGAACAAUAUUGUCACCUCGACGAUGGAUGUCCAGGGGACCGCGAUACAAGCUCACGUACCGGAUGGAGAGCGAUUCGGGCCCGAGAACUGGUGA